CCGGAAGUGCCGCCACACAAUAAGCCGCAACGGCCGGAGCGCGCGGCGCUGACGGGGUAGCUCGGCGGGAGCGCGAGGACGGGUGGCGGCGGGAGCGGUCGGUCGGACGGACGGACGAUGGAUCAAACCUCUGAUGAAGAUGUGGAUCAUGCUGCAGAGGAAGAUAGUGAUAAAGAGGACCAGGACUUGGAUAAAAUGUUUGGUGCAUGGCUCGGUGAACUUGACAAGCUCACUCAGAGUCUGGACACCGGGAAACCUGAAGAGCUAAAGAGGUCCCCACUUCGACAGGAAACUAAUCUAGCAAACUUCUCCUAUCGUUUCUCGAUGUACAAUCUAAAUGAGGCUCUGAGCCAAGGCGAUGGAGUGGAUCUGGAUGCACUCAUGGCAGAUCUUUGUUCUAUGGAACAGGAACUUAGCAGUAUCAGUAAGGAACCUUCCAGACAAGACAGUGUGAAAAAAUCUCUCAAGGAGGUGGUACCUGGUAAGAUGCACAGCAAAGAAACCAAACCAGCUCAGAAACAAUCUAUCAAUCAAACUACCUCUAAGCAGGGAAGUUUGAAAGGAUCUUUAGCCAGAAGCCCAAAAUCUUUGCAUUCCAACUUUUCUCUGGAUGAUAUCACUGCCCAACUGGAACAGGCCUCCCUCAGUAUGGAUGAAGCAGCACGCCAGGCCAGCACCAUGACACACGAUAUAAAGCCCACUGUAUCCAGUCAACAUCGGCGAACGGGAUCAGCUGGAACUGUCAGUGAUGCAGAUAUCCGCUCAACUAGUACUUCAUCUCGAUCCAGUAUUACUUCUGCUACAUCAAGCCAGGAUUCUUUGGACAUUGACAAGGUUACUCGACCGCAGGAUCUCGAUUUGAACCAGCAAGGUCAACCCACAACAGAGCAUGUUCCCUCGAGUCGCCACAGUAAACAGGUCAGACGCCAUCUUGACUUUAUGGAGGAAGACUUGGAGCUAAGGACUCAUUCCUAUCUGGACAGGGAAACGUCAAUCAUUUUGAGAAACAUAGCUGGGAAACCUUCUCAUUUGCUGACCAAGGAGGAGCAGGCUGCCAGACAGAAAGCAGAAAAAAUCAGGGUGGCAUUGGAGAAGAUCAAAGAGGCACAAGUCAAAAAGCUGGUGAUACGGGUCCACAUGUCUGAUGAGAGCUCCAAAACUAUGAUGGUUGAUGAAAGGCAAACAGUCAGGCAGGUGCUAGACAACCUCAUGGAUAAGUCGCACUGUGGAUUCAGCUCAGAUUGGUCAUUGGUUGAAACAAUUCCUGAACUUCAAAUGGAAAGGAUCUUUGAAGAUCAUGAAAAUCUGGUGGAGAACUUGCUGAACUGGACUCGGGACAGCCAGAAUAAGCUCAUCUUUACUGAACGCAUUGAGAAGUAUGCUCUUUUUAAAAAUCCACAGAAUUACCUGCUGGGGAAGAGGGAGAACUCUGAAAUGGGAGACAGAAAUAAAGAAGCAUUACUUGAGGAGUUUUUCUGUGGAAGUUCUGUGACUGUUCCAGAGAUUGAGGGCUUACUUUGGCUGAAGGAAGAUGGCAAGAAAUCAUGGAAGAAGCGUUAUUUCCUACUCAGAGCUUCUGGAAUCUAUUACGUUCCUAAGGGAAAAACAAAGACCUCUCGGGACUUGGCUUGUUUCAUUCAGCUAGACCAUGUGAAUGUGUACUAUGGCCAGGAUUAUCGAAGCAAAUACAAGGCCCCCACGGAUUACUGCUGUGCACUCAAGCAUCCUCAGAUACAGAAGAAGUCUCAAUACAUCAAGUACCUCUGCUGUGAUGAUGUCAGAACCCUUCACCAAUGGGUGAAUGGCAUUCGCAUUGCCAAGUAUGGGAAACAGUUAUAUGACAACUAUCAAGAUGCUUUGAAACGGGCUGAAGCUGCAUAUGAAUGGUCAUCCCUGUCCAGUGCAAGUAUGAAAUCUGGAUCCAGCUCUUCCAGUUUGCCAGAAUCCCAUUCGAAUCAUUCGAAUCAGUCAGACAGUGGUGUUUCUGAUUUGCAGUCUACUGGUCAUGUUCGAUCCCAAAGUAUUGUCAGCUCCAUCUUCUCAGAAGCUUGGAAAAGGGGCACUCAAUUGGAGGAGCAGCAACAACACUCCAAGACCAGGACAGAUUCAGUCAGAUCCUACCCUUCACCUGUACCACCGACUUCGCCUCAGACCAGAGUCAGUGUGUCUCAUGUGGCACCGCAGCCCUCUCCACCCCCACCACCUCCUCCCCCACCACCUCCACCUCCCCCACCUGCUGCCUCACUCAUCAAAUACAGCACAGUCAGUAGAGAGCAGCCAAGCAAACGGCCGCCUCCACCUUCUUUUGCAACUCUGCCCAUGGGCCAGCAGGUCCUCCCCCCACCACUACCCUCGCAGCUUGUGAAGCCCCAGCUGCUGAUGGAAAGUGAUGGUCAGAGUACUUCACCAGUCUCCACAAUCCCACUGCCCCCAUCACCACUUCAGGCAGUCUCUGCUCCAUCUCCUUUUAAACCAGAACUGCCUAGCCCUUCUCCCAUGGUUCCUGCCUUCACACCUCCACCUCCACCACAGAAGUUACAACAGCAAUGUGUUGUCUUACCUGCCCAGCAGCCCUUGACGACUCCUCCUCCUCCACCACCACCACCACCUCCUCCUCCUCCUCCUUCACUGCAGGGUGCUGUCACAAAAAAGGUAGGGGUGCCUUUUGAGGCCUCUCUAAGUCAUCAACCUCAAAAAGUUCCCAAACCAGCAGCACCAAGUGUUGUUCAGAUGGAUCCCCCUCCAGCACCUCCCCCUCCGCCACUUUCGCUAAAAGCAGCCAGGUUCUCAGCUGCACAGAUUUCACUGCCCCCACCACCACCCUUGGUUCCUUCUCCUCAUCCAACCACAACAAAGCAGUCAGCUGUGUCUGCAGACCAAAUGCCCAUCACUCCACCACCUUCUGUUUCCAUGGUAAAACAGUCCUUAAGCCAGUUCCAGCCUCUACCUGCAGCUUCAACUGCUAAGUCAUCACCAGCCCCACUUCAAACUUCUACAUCUCCCCCAGCUGUGAAAGCAAAACCUAAAUGGCAACCUGGUUCCCUCCCAUCACCUGAGUUUCCCCCUCCACCUCCUGAAAGCAGUCUACCCCAACCUCCUCCACCUAACCCCACCCCCCCUCCCACCCCAGUCAAAUCAACUUCAAUCAAAAAACCUCAGAAAACAUCCAGUCCUGGUGGAAAGAAACCACCUCCUACACCUCAGAGGCACUCCAGUAUAAAAGGACCUAGUUGUACAGAUGCAAGAGAAUCCAGAAAACCUGUGGAAACUCUCAGUAAUAAGUUUGAACAACCAACAAUUCCUUCAGGACCUCCCACACCAGAUAUGAAUGCCUCUCCACCUGCCCCUCCGAAGCCUGGUAAAUUAAAUUUGGCUGCAGUCAAUUUGAUGUUCCCAUCAGGAGGGCCACCAAGCAAAGGACCGGGAGUUCCAGCUGUUUCAAAGGAGCCUGUGUCUGAGUUUCCUUCGCCACCUUCAGAUUCUGAUUUCCCUCCCCCACCUCCUGAUCUAGAUCUUCUCCCCCCUCCGCCAUUGGAGAUGGCACCUCCUGGUUUUUCCAGUGCUGUCCCACCCAAGGUAGCAGUGGUGAAUCCUCAGCCGCAGACAUGGUCCAAAUCUUCAAUGAAGAAAGCACCACCACCAGUACUUCCCAAAAGAAGUGACAGCACUCGCUUAACACAAGGAGAGUCUUCAGAACACCAGGUUCCUCCCAUCGCUUCAGUGCCAGUGUCUCCUAAACCUGCCUUGUCUGUGCAACCUCAUUUUCUGGCUGACCUCAAUAGGACUCUGCAGAGAAAGUCCUUCACCCGACACGGCUCACUGGCUUCCACACGGCUAUCCAAGGCGGAACACAUAACCACCAUGGACGACAUGGCACUUCCUCCUCCUCCUCCUGAAUUGCUUUUUGACCAGGAAUCAACCAGCUCAUAUGCAUCUGGCAACAUCUCAGGCUAUGCAACGUUACGGCGUGGACCACCUCCAGCUCCACCCAAACGGGGUGACAACACCAAGUUGAGUAGAGACUGUUAAUGAGUCAGCUGCCUGUGCGCUGUUUACAUGCUGCCCAAUGCACUCAUAAUCUGCAGUAUUCGGAGCGGUACAUUAACUGCUUUUCUUAAAACUCUCUGGCUGCAUCUUCCAACAAAGUCAAAUCAGUUAGUCUUCGUAGGAUUGCUUGUCCUUGGAUCAGUGGAGUGUUGUGUUUCACUUGUAAAGUCAAAUUGCUCUACUCAUGUAAAUAUAGAUGCUUUGAUAUAUAAUGGGACCUAGUGUUUGGGGUAGAUGCUGGGUUUUGUGGUUCAAAGCUUCCCAGUUAGUAAUGGGGGAAGGGUGGGGGAUGCGUGGUAGAUGGACCCAAAGGGAAGGAAUGUUUUCCUUUCAUGUGGUUACACUAAGUGUUGUUGAUGAUUUGAUUUUGAAGAGUUCUGUCUUUAUCGUCAUUGGAAGACUUCUUAAUUGGCACCUUUCCAAUGUAAUAAUUUCCAAUGCAGACUUUUGUAAUAGGAAGCUCAGGUUUGAAGAGGGAGUAUCCCCUUGAAUUGUUAGGAAAGUACUGUUGUGUUUUUUUUCUGUUGAAUUUCAAAAUUUGCGUGUUUCUUGUCAAAAUAAAUCCGAGAGUAUUCUGAGCUCCUCAAUUUCACAGAUUUUCUGAUCACAGCAGAAUAGAGAAAUACUACAGUCUAAGGGAAUGGCAAUGAUUCUGAAAAGUAUUAAUCAGUUACCAGCUAGUGGCUGAUUUAAGUCUAAAUGUAGGACAGAUUGAGAACGAUGAUUGCAUAGAUCUAACUGAACCUUCUCCAGGCCAAAGCAUUGACAGUGUAAAGACACUAAAUUUCUAAGCUGACAUUCUGAAGACUGAAGCAGAGCAGCUAUGAAUUUUUAAAAUGUUAAAAUUUCUUUGCACUCUAAGGAAUAGCCAUACCAGCAACCCCAGCAUUGUGGCCAUUCAGGUAACAGAGCUUCACUGGUACAGAAUUUACUAAUCACAACCAAAUAUUUGAGAUACAGAAUCAAAUUCAUUCUCAUGGAAUUUAUGUGGGGGGAAAAAAAAUAAGCACAAUUUUUUUUCCCCAAAUUGCAUAUUUUUGACUCAUGAACAGAUGACAUGGCUUCGCAUUACAGAAAAUCACGAUACAGACCAUUUCCUAGGAACGCAACCCACCUGUAAUGCGGGGGUCGUCUGUAAUGUUUUGUAUAGGUCAAAGAAAAAGAUCAGGAUUGCAAUCAAAUUGUUAUUUUUUGCAGUUAUCUUAUUUGUUUCCAUUGAUGCUUUAAUUGAAGAAGUUAGUUUGCAGAUGAGCCCAGUAGGCAACAGGCAAAGGGGUCCUAGAUUUGAUCAUUGCUGUUCAACUUGCUGUUCUCAGCCAGUAAUCAACUGAAAGGUACAGUUGGUUUGGUGCUCAUCAGCUGAAGAAGUCAGUACUUGAUUCAGAUUCACUGAACAUCUAAUAGCAAGAAAAUGUGUGCAGCUGAAGUCAGAAUUGUUCUGGGUUAUGAUACCCUCUGGUCAAGCUUCUUCCUGACAUUAUAAAGAAGAUAAUCACUUGGAAAGAGUUGCACGUGACAUCCAAGUGCAGCAAGGCCCUUGAGAGGAAAAGGGGAUAGAACUGGGGGGGGGGGAUAAAGAAAUUCCCUUGCACAUCUAAGGAAAAUAAAGUCUGAUUUCAUGACAGUCUCAGAAUUUUUUUUUUCCAGACUAGUUAACUAAUUUGCCUCCAUGUAGAGAUGUCAGCUAGAUCAAAGAGCCAAAAACUAAAAGAAAAAAUCUACCUUUUUAAAAAAAAUAUAUAAAAUUCUACCUAUGAUGUACGAGUCAACUGCUGUGUGACCAACCACAUGAUUGUAUCUGGAUGCAAGUGGCUGGGUUGGUCAGCUGAUAGAAAGGAGUUUCCCAAGUUAAUCCAGAGUUUCAAAAAUCUCAUCUUCAUUAGUGAAAGGUUCACUAGCACUUCUUAGUUAUUUCAUGUUUUAGACAUUGAUUAAUUUCUCAGUUUCUUAGGCAGGUUUCACCCAUGAGGACAGGAAUCCAGUUGCCUUUACAAAGUAUAGUAAGACAAGUUUGGAAGUCACAUACAAAAUAACAAGCAUCUUCCACCGCUGCGGCAUAUUUGCAUUCAAUAUUCAGUCAUGCUACAGGUACCAAACUGAUGACUGCAGAAAGCCUGUUGUGUUAAGUAAUCCUUUCAGUAUGCAAAGCAUUGUGUUUUAUUGCAUGGAGUGUAAUUAAUCGGCAGGGAAAUUCAAACUUCUGCUGAAGGACUGCAUGACAUUUCAUCCUUUAAAUUUCAUAGAAUCUUACAGAGUAUUCAGCCCAUUGUGACCGUGCCACCUCUUUAUCUCCUGUUCUCUCCCCAUAGCCUUGCAAUUUUUUCCAUCUCAGGUACCUACACUAAUCCAUUUUAAAUCCAUCAUUUCAAGCACAGUAACAGAUCGCCAAACCUCACUGUGUAAAAGAAAAUAUUCCUUCAUUAACUUCCUUUCACCACCUAUCUUAAUUUUGUGUAUGCCAGCUACCAGCAAUCCUACCAGUGAAGAGUUUUACUUUAUUUAAUUAAAUGCCUUAAUAAUUUUGAGGAUCGCUAUUAAAUCUUCAUUUCUUUGCUCCAUGAGCAAUCACAGCUGCUUUAGUCUGUUUAAAUAACUGAACGCCCUCUUCACUGGUGUCUUCUUCCCACCACUAGGUACAAAGACAAUUCUAUACCUAUAAGCACUUUAUUUAUUGAAGUACAAUAAAUAACUCUGUAUCCGCCACUAUUUAUAGUCAUGUAGUGACAAACGUAUAGCCAACAAAUCUGUAUCUCAAUGUUCGUGUGGCCUAAAUAUUACCAGCUGGCAUCAAAUUCUUUGGGAAGAUUGAUUCUAGCGAUAUGUUGCUAUGUGAUUGCCUGUUUUAAUUGCUACUCAGUGUGAAAAUUUUGCACAUCUCCCAGUACGCUGCACUGAGUUCCAGUGACACCUUUGUAUAAUGUUUCCAUUUCCUACAUAGAACCCUGUAUAUCAAUAUGUUCUCAUUUCCUACAGCACAUCUUCCAUACAAUAUUCCAAUACACAGAGCAUCCUGCAUACAGUCUUUUUAUUUGGUACAGCACAUUCUCUACACCAUAUUCCCAUUUACUUCCACAUACCCAGUGUCUAGUAUUCCCAUUUACUACAGCAAAUCCCCCAUAUAGUAUUCUUAUUCACUGCAGGACUGUGGGUACAGAUUAUUUCCAUUCUCUGUAUCACCCAGUGUUCUGAUAGAGUAUUCCCAAUCACUGCAGCAUAACCUGUGGACAGUAUCACACAUUCACUAAAGCACUUGUCCUGUAUACAGUAUUCCAAUUCACUGCAGCACACCCUACCUACAGUAUUCCCAUUCAUUACAACGCUCCCUGCAUGCAAAUGGUAUUCCCUUUCACUAAAGUGCACCCUGUGUGUACAGUGCUCUCAUUGACUGCAGCAUAUCCUGGUAGCAUUCAGCGCCUUCCCAUUUACUGCAGCUUACUCUCUGUAUGGUGCUCCUAUUCACUACAGCUUUGAAAGCACCUCAACCAAAUACUUAAGAUAGAUAUUAAUGCCCUGUUCAAGCUUGAUAUGUGCACAUUGCUUGGGUAUGAUCUGAGCUUGAAUCAAGUUUUAUACUUGGCUUGGUGCCAUUGUCCUUUUUUUUCAGUUCACGUAUCACCCAAGAUUGAAUGACUGAUCUUAUUCAAAAUGAAUUUAAAGACGAUGAAUCCAUGUCUGGUCUCCUUGAAUGCGAGUUCUUAAUAGAAGCUAUUGUGAUAAAUACUUCCUGCUACAUGUUACUUAUUUUUGAAUUGUAUUUUUCCUUAGUAUUGAAAGAAUAAUCUAAAAUUUAAUUUUCUGGUAUCUGAUCUGUUUGAGUACAAUAUAUUGUCAAUGUUUUUAUAAAUUUCUCAAUAGAAAUUUGAUUGUAUGGUUUAUAGGGAAAAUACAGAUAGCAUAGAUUACCUAAUAGAAAGAUCUAAAAAAAAAUCUGAAGGCAGGGAAAAGACUGUUUUCAACACUAGUCAAGAAACAAUAUGAUUUUCAGAUACCAAGUUGAGAAUCAAUAGCAACUUGUAGUAUUCUGGGGUAAGAAGGAAUGUAAGGGAUUUAUAGAACACUUAUCACCAUCAGGGUUUGUUCCAGAUACUUGCAAAGUAAUUAGUUGACUGCAGUCUUUGUGGUUUUGUAACACAACAGUCAAUUUACAUGGCACAUUUCAAUACUAGUGAUUAUAGAAUCUUUCUGCACAGGAGGAGGCAUGAGGCCCAUCUUAACUGUGUCAGUGAAAGAGCUAUCCAGCUGGACCCAUUCUCCUGCCUUUUUUCAUGUUCUGCAAUUUUUUCAUAUGUACAACUCACUUUUAAAAGUUAUCUUGAAUCUCCUACCAACAGGUUUCAGGCAGUGAAUUCCAGAUUAUAACUCAUUACAAAAAAAACUCAACUCUCUGCUGGUUCUCUUGCCAAUUAUCUUAAAUGUUUCCUUUGAUUACCUACCUUUCCAUCUCAUUAUUUACUCUAUCCAGAUCCUUGCUGAUAGUAAACCUCCCUUUAAUCCUUUAUGGCCUUUGAAUAAACCCAUAUCUCAGUCUCUCCAUAUAAAUAAAUUCCUUCAUCCCUGGUAUCAUUCUAAUAAAUUUCCCCUUUACCCUCUCCAGGGCCUUGACAUUCUUUGUUAUGUUCCUGGAAGUGAAUGUAAUUGAACACAGUCCCUUAGCAAAGUACUAACUGAUGAGUUAUAAAGAUUUACUUUGACUUCCUUGCUUUUGUUGCACAUGUUUAUAAAACCAGGGAUAUCAAAUUCUGCUAACAUUUGUUCUAGCACGUUCAAUGAUUUCAGUACAUUAAUCUCCAAAUCACUGCCCCUGUGGUACUUUAAAAUUAUACUACUUUGUUCAUAUUGUUUCACCUCAUUCUUAUUCUAAAAUGUACCACCACACAUCUCUGCAUUAAAUUUGAUCUGCCUUGUAUCUGUCUGUACUCCUGAAAUUUGCUACAGCCUUUCUCAUGGUGUACGAUUUUUAAGUUUCUUGCCAUCUGCAAAGUCCUAAUGAUUAAUAUUUAUUGAAGAACAGAGGUCCUAAUACUGACCUUGGAAGACAAAACUGCAUAUACUUCCUGGAAGACUGAAAAACAGCUACCACCGAUUUUGUCCUUUGAACAGAUUAUCUGGGCAUGCAAGUUUGGCUGUGAUUUUGAUUGAGGAAUAAGUAUUGGUUAGGGUAUUAGUUUUUUAGGAAUAACAAUUGAUUUUAAAAUAACGUAGUUAUAUCAUCAUAUGAAUAUGUAGAGUGCUGUUCCAAUGAAAUCAUUUCCUCUCUAUCCUCUUUUAGAUAUAGAUUAUAAAACAGCUGGAUCAUGUAAUCCACUCCCAAAAGAAAGGAAAAGGAAUUUGAAAACCUCUUAAGCAUGUUUUUUUCCUGAGGACCAAUCAAUCUAGCCUGCAGAAAUUUUAACUUUGGUCUGGAUGCCUUGGACAUUUGAUGAGAAAGCAGAGAAUCAAGUCAUUUUUAACUAGUUAGUUAGAAAGUAAAUAGUUGGAUCCUGAUGGAUGAAAUUCUGGAACAAGUUUGUAAAGUGUGUUUUUCCUUCUGAUCAUGCAGGUGAUUUUUGUAUCUCCCAAUGGCACCUGGCUUUUUUUUUUAAAAGAAAUGUGCAAUUUCAUAGAUAAUUGAUCCACUCCAUCCCCAUUCCUGAUUUUCUGCCUUUAAAUUUUUAAAACUUUUUUAUUAAUUAUAAAAGCUACAUUUUUCAAAUCUCUGGUGUGGGACAAUUUAACUAGCAGACUUUGGAGGAUAAGUGAGAGUGAGGCUUCUAUUGUGUCACACCCCAGCCCAUGUAUCUGUUGUUCUUUGAACACUUUGAGCAUGCAUUACAUGGAAAUUAGGAAAUUCCAUCAGCUCGAAAAUUAAAGAAUUGCAGAUGCUGGAAAUCUGAAACACAAACAGAAAAUUCUGGAAAUACUCACCUGGUCAAAUGUCAUCUGUGAUCAGAGUUAGUAUUCUGGUAACAGCAACAGGAACCAUCUCCUGAUGUAGAAUAUUUUCACAGAAUUAAUUUUCAAUGCAUGUUGGUGAAUGAUCAGGAAGCACAGUGGAAAAUUUAUUAAUAAGAGAAUCAAGAGCAAAAUAUGAAGCCUGCUCAUGUAUUGGCUUAUAUUACAGCUGAUGCUGAGAGAGUUUGGUCUUUGACUUCAUCCAUAUGACUGUUUGAUGUUAUUUAAGAACAGAAUUCUGAUAGUAGAUCUGAAGUAACAUUAAACAACAACAACACUUCCAGCUGAAAAAAGUUUUUUUUUGUGUUGUAAUUCCUCAAUAUAAAUUCUGUCUUUUAAUUUCCACCCCCAACCCACUUCCUACAGUAGUCACACCAAUGGUGUCAAAGAUCUCCUUCCAGCUUAAGAUUAUGUAGCAGAAUCGGUGUGUGUAGACAUCCAGUGGCCUCUUAUUGCAGUAUCAACAUACUGAUUAUUAAUUCUGAGGAUAUUGGUGAUGCUGGCCAGUAUUUUUGCCCUUCCUCUGUUCCUUUAAUUGGUGACCCACCUUCUUCAUCCUAUGUGGGGAAUGUACUUCCACAGCACUAAGAUGUAACGUGCUGCUGCAUUUUGACCAGGAUGAAAUAAAUGAAUGCUGAUGUAUUUCCAGGUGAGGUUUGUGUGUAGCUUGGAGGGGUACUAGGAAGUGACAUCAUCUCCUGCACUUUCCUUGUUCACAGGUUUGGGAUUACUGCUGAAAAGAUUUGGCAAUUUGCUCCAUUGUAUUCAUUAGAUAAUACAAGUCAUAAUCACACUGUACUGGUGGUGGAGACGGGAAUAGGAGACUGAUCAAAUUGUCUGUUUUGGUAUGGAUGGUAUUCAGCUUACUGUGUAUUAGAGAUGGAAUCUUUGAGAUGGAAUCCAUUUUGUUCUUACUGGCUUUCCAAUCUGCUUUAUGGGUGGUUUCUCUCUGAUAAAUCUCCAUUGCUCCUUCUGGAACACAUUCAUGUGUAUUGUAUUGGCAGAGUUGCCUGUGUUGGAACUGAAGCAGAGGUCUCUGAGUGGUCAUUCUUAAACUUUCCUGGGGAAAGGUGUUUUCUUCUGAUUCCCGACAGCUGCCCCUGGAAGGAGGAAAUGGGAAAUUUGGUUGUUUUUUUUUACUGUCAGUUGCCCAUGGCACAAUCAGUACUUAAAAACCUUCAUGGAAUGCUUGAUGUUGUUAGUUUUAGUUAACGAAUGCAUUGGAAAAGAUUUAACACAAUGAAGAGAGAGGAAUUUGUAGGCAAUUUGUAAAUCCACUGUGAGUUUCCAUGUCUUUUUUUAAUCACUUUAAAAUUAAGAAAUGUUGAAAUUUUAGAACAAGAUCUUCUCAUCUGUGCUUCUGUUCAGAUUCACUGCUGAUAUGGAUAAACAGCCAAAUGAGGAAGGGCAUUGGGAACAGGGACAAUUGUGAACAAGGGCAAAGUUUGUACCAAAGACACAAAUGAUUUACUUUUAGCCAAAGAAUUAGAAGUAGAUGCUGAAAUUAUUGGGCUGGAAGAUGCUCAUGGGUAUAGUCCUAGUAUGGCCACACUUCUGGUUUUACCAUUGUUAAUAUAGAUAUGUCAGCAGAAAGAAUCUGUCAUUAAAGGACUUGAGUUAAUGCUAAGGAUUUGGAUGGGUUUCUGCUGUUUAUGAUUGAUUACUGACCCCCCCCCCCCCCCAACUUCCCUAGGUUGUUUAGGAGGGCAGCUCAAUUUUCUAAUAAAUGAAACACACUCAGUUGAUUGUUCUGCUUGUGCCUCUACUUCAGUAAUCAUGAGCCCCACAAGCCAACCUGCAGGAGUCAACUGCAUCUGUGGCAAAGAUCAGUAUCGGUGUUGCUGCUGUGUGUUUGUAGGAAGCUGCAAAGUGUUCUUCCCUUGUAUUAUGCUGUUGAUACAUAAUUCUCGUCAUUAGAAUGCAAUCACAUCAUUAUUAACUAUGUUUAAUUCUAUAUCACCUUUUGUAACAUCACUGGAAGUGGAUUGAGGGUUGAAGUUGGAUGAGGGGUAGGUAUGUGGUUGGUGUAAGAGGUCCAAGAUGUGCGUAAUUCACUGCUUAAUGUGGGCUUAGCUCCUUGCUGGUAUCUGUAUAAUUCGAGGAGACUGGAGAAUGUUUUGCCUUAAAUUGGACAGGAGUAUCAGCCUGCACCCUAUCUGGACUGGCUAAAAAUGUUGCAGCCAUUUGCAUCCUAUCAUGAUCAGUUUAAAGCCAUGUUUCUGUAUUAUGUUUAGGUAAACAGUGCUGAUUUUUGUUUUGCUGUAUAGUUGUUUAUGAAUGCUGCUGGUUCAUUGCAGGGGCUGUUAGCUUGCUCUCUGAUGUAAGCCAAUUGCCAUAGCUUGAAAACAAAGGCCUCUCUCAUCACUUCUCUGGGAGUGGUCGGCUGGCUGGCCUCAAUAAGGGACCGAUCAUGUGUCAAAGUCGGAGUGUAAUAUUGUAUAUAAUUUCUGCCCCCCCAUGUUCACUUUAAGAGAACAUAUGCAAGUUCUUUUUUUAAAUGUAAACUCUAAAAAUGUAUUAAUACUGGAGACUGUAAUUAAUGCAUGACAAGCUUAUAACAGUUUUUAUGACAAUAAAUUGAUUUCAACUUA